UACACUCCACUACAUAUGGCAUGUGGGAUGGGUCAAAUUGCCAUUGCCAAGCAUCUUGUCAAGUGUAAAGCCAAGGUGGACAAGACUGACGAUAACGGUGAUCUUCCUGUUCAUAGCUCUGCCUCUGAAGGACAUCUGGAAGUAGUGAAGUAUCUACUAGAACUCCAACCCGACACGAUCUCUGUGCAGGACAGUAACGGUCUCCUUCCUGUUCAUCACGCUGCCUCGAGUGGACAACUGGAAGUUGUCAAGUAUCUACUAGAUCUCCAACCCGACACGAUCUCUGCCAUGGACAAUAUGAGUUCGCAAUCUUCCCCUACAGCAAGUGAGUUCAUACGCUUCAAGCUGGAGCACGAUUUGCAUUUGUUGUUAGUAGUGAUGGGCAAGCCCAAUACGUUUGGUAGAGGAUCUAAAGACUGGGAUGAGAUCGCGGAGAGCAUGAGGAAGACAUUUGGCGACAUGCGCGGCCUCACUGCUAGGACCUGCAAGGAAAGGACCAUAAGAGAGAUCCGAUCCUUUGUCGUAAACGACAACAAAUCCAAGAGAAGAAGCGGAACCGAGGAGGAGUUCACUCGGAAGGAUGAGCUGCUGACGGAGCUCGCCUCACGGUGGAGGGCUGCCGAAGACGAGAAGGUGGAAGCAGGCAAAGCGAAGAAGACCAAAAAUGACGGAGACGCAGUGAACGGUGCAAAGCUGCGUGAAGCAGCACUUCAAGGUAUGCGUUCCAAGAACGUGACGCCUGUGAAGCGUAACAAGAUCACUGAAGACCCUGAGCCGGACAGUGACGGUUCGGACGACUCAGGUGACUCGUCUUUGUCUGAAACUGAACAUGAAUCAGCACCCACACCGAAGAAGCCUGAGAAGAGAAAGAGGGCCACAAAUGGCAGUGGGCGGCGUGGCGGUUCCGUUGGUGCCGGAUUGCUGGACUGGCUAGAAAGAAAGACCAACGCAGAGAUGGACUUACACAAGAGGGAGCUAGCUCUCAAGGAACGUGAAAUGGCUUUGAGAGAAAAGGAAUUGGAACUGAAGAUGCGCUCGCAGUGA